AUGAGGCUAGAUAAGAUUUUUACAUGGUUUAUUUCUAUAAUAAUGAGCACCACUGCUCUUAUACAGCAGCAGCCCAUGACUACCAAGCCAGGAGCGCUGUUAAAUUCCAAAGAGGAUUGGUCUGCUUCUACUUCUAACAGAACAGUGCUGUGCCCAACUAAUACAAUGGAUGUAAUAUUGGGAGAUUCCAAUGUUGAUUAUAUUUUGGAUCUAAAUUUGAUGCAGAUAGAUGACAUGUAUGAAUAUACAAAGGAAUGCAACUACAAGCCCUUUAUAAACAUGAACAUGGCGCCAAUAGUCAUGUCAGACCCAUUUAAAUACUUUGUAAUUAGACAAGGAAGUAUAUAUAAAGAACUUUUUGACAUUGACAUUGAAACUAGAAGAAGCAUGCCAAAGACAUCUCUGUGGGAUUAUUUUAAACAAAAAAAAUAUUCCUGCACUAGAAUUGGGCUGAAAAUAGAAACCAUUCAGAAAGAAAUAAACAGAUUGGAAUUGCCAAAAAGAAAAGAUCUUUAUAAAAUAAGAGACACCAUGCUCACACUCAACACAAUACUAAAGGGAAUGCUAAUGCAGGAGCACAAACAGAUUGAAGAUGCGAUAUAUUCAUUUCAGGUGUACAUUAAAGAGAACCACCUAGAGCUAAAAAGUGCAUACACCAGAAUUAAAAAUGAAUAUGAUAAUUACAAAUUUGAUCAAGAAAAACAGUCCAACGCGCAGAUUGACAUUAAAAACAUAAACUUUCUAAAGAAUAGCAUAAAUACAGAAAGAAAAAAAAAUUUAAAGCUGGAAUACCUCAUAAACAGCGUCUACAUUCAAUUAUACCAAAUAAAUGACUUUAUUGCCAAUUCAGGGUGGGUAGAAAAAAGUAUGAAAACACCCAAAGUAGUGGAGUACACAAAUAUGCUGAAUAAUAUCUUGGGUAUUUACAGCUCCCCAAACAACUACUAUUACGUGGUAAAGAAGACAGACAAUCUAGAUAAGCUCUUGGAUGUUGUUAACUAUCUAUACGUUACAUAUAAAGAUAUUAUAGUACAAAUUGAUGCGGAAUUGGAGACCCGUAUACUUGCAGGAUAUGAACAUCUAAACACAAAUGACGUUUCUUUUAGCAGUAGCACAAAGCAAAAGUGGCAGCAUUAUAUUGGCUUUUCCAAGGAAAUAUUAAAAAAGCUCAUACUAAAGUAUAAUAAUGCAAUAAAUGGCAUCCGGACAUUAUUGAAAGUCACCAGAGGAAAGUACCAGACAGAAAAAAAAACAAUAGCAGAAAUGCUGAGUCAUCAAUUUCCAUUGAAUCAGGAUGUUAAUAAAGUAAAGCCUACUCUAGAUCUACAUAAGACUAUGAACGAAAGACCAAUUAUAAAAUAUAACAAACCAGCCAAUAUGGAAGUGAGGUCAAGAACAGCAGAUAAUAUAAAAAGAAGCAUAGAGAAAAAAAUACUGUAUGGGCAUAUGGACUGGGAAUACGAUAAUCUGCUGAAAUCAGAUUUUUUGCUAUUUAAAAGGUAUACCAUACACAACACAAAAAACUAUACUCUAUGCUAUAGGCAUCUAAUAGAUAUGGUGAAUAAAUAUAAUAUAGCAAGUGACGAAGUGGUUAAUAAAAACAACCCUGCAUCCCAUAUGUAUAACUUAGUUCCUCCGAACACCCCAACACUGGAAGAGGAUAUAGAAUACAAGAAAAAAAAGACCAAUAUAACAUUGAACAUGGCGAUGGAUAUGAUAUCAACGCUUCGGGAAAUAAAAAGCCACCCCGCAACCAAGAAUAGAGACGGAAUUGAGUCAGACACAGACAUACAAAUUCUCAAUAGGCUAGCAACUGUUAUGUCUGCAGUUUACAUAUUCGACACACCCAACCCCAAGUCUAGUGUUAACUGGAAUCUUUUUCUAGACUCUAAUCUUUUUGAGCCAACUAUACACAAUAAUAACAAUAUGUUUCAACAGACAGUGAUUUCUAAUGCACAAGAGCUGGUUAAUCUUCUGCAGAAUAUAACAGGAAUUUCUUCUAAGGAACUGAACGACUCAUUAUCUAUUUCUGUGAGAACAAGCAAGGAAACAGAGGCCGCACUAAGCGCUACGAUGAACAGCACAAACACCAAUUAUGAUAUUAUAUAUAAUAAUUACUUUGAAGCAAUAAUUAAGCUUUUUUUGACCAUGCAGACCAAUAUUCAGAAAAAGCUUAUUUAUUUGGGAAUGCUGCACACAGACUACCCAAUAAGUGAUCCGCACAUCAGCUCACACUUUUUCCCUGGACUGUAUGAGAAAACAAUUUCACAAAACAUAAAGUCCAUGAUAGACCAAUAUGUCCUGAUGAAUGCAAAAUACAAGGUCAUCAGCACUAUGUCAUCUCUUUGUGCUGCAGAUGAUGUGAUUGAUAUUGAUGAUGAAAGCGAUUAUAACUAUGAGGAUGAUUCGCGUCCCGAAGAAAACGAUAACGAUUAUAACUCUAAAGCGCAAGAAAACGAUCGUCCAGAAGAGAACGGAAUAAAUAGACUAGAGCUUGACUUAACUGCGCUUACAAUAGUAAAGGAUACUAUGGACACAUACUUUGAAGUAAAGAAUGGCGCAGCAGAGACAGACGAUGGUGCCCCCCACCAAUCUGCAAAUCCAGAUGUAGGAUAA